GUGGAGAAAGUGCUGGACUCUCAAACGUGAGACCCUGAGCUCCAUUCCCAGCAUCACGGGAGCCAGGGGGAGGGUCUACUUAUGUGUCUCUCUCUCUAAUCAAUCAAUCAAUCAAUCAAUCAUCAAUUUUGUCCCACAGGAGAAUCCUUAAAUAUCCAGAUUAUCAAUUUCAACUACGAGUAUGUGCAGGUGACCUGGAAUGCCAGCCGCUUCCCCGGAACGAACCUCACGUUGAACUACAAGCUGGGCAGGGCGGAGGCCUACGCCCCGUGCCCCCACUACGUCUUCUGGGAAGCACUGACCACCGGGUGCCAUCUUGGGGUGCAGGGGGACGCCAUGCUGUAUUUCUCCGUCGCCCAUGGGACCCGCACCCUGGUGUCCCGUCGCCGCUACAUCAGCGCCUACCUGAAGCCGGCGACCCCGGGGGCCCUGACCUUCCUGUGGACGGACGACUCGGUGACGGUCACCUGCCCCGACCUGCCCCACCCCGACCUGCUCUACGAGGUCCAGCACCGCGCGGCCGGAGACGCCGACUGGCAGUCCCUGGCGGAGGACUCGUGCAACGUGACGUUCGCGGGCCUGGCCGUGACGCGCUGCCACUCCUUCCGCGCCCGGAUUCGAACCCGCGGCCCCAGCUACGGGCCCCACACGCGGCCCAGCGACUGGACGCCCACCGCGCACCAGCUGCUCGCCAGGGACGCAGAAUCCUGCCCCCCGAAACCAACAUGGCGGCUGUGGCCCCGGUUCCUGCUCCUCUGCGGGUCCCUGUCGCUGGGCACCGUCCUGCUCCUGCUGCUGGCGGCGUGCAAGCUCCACGGGGUGAAGAAGAGGCUGGUCCCCAGUGUCCCUGACCCGCGCGUCUCCUUCCUGGGGCUGUUCGAGUGUCACCAUGGCAACUUCCAGGAGUGGAUCCGGGAGACCCAGAACGUGGCCCCACUUGGCAAGAUGGAGGCGGGGGGCCCGGACUGCACCCCGGAAGUCGCCCUGGAGGUUCAGGACCCCGCGGAGGAUGCAGAGACCCCCGGAGCCUCGAAUCCGGGGCUGGGAGGCCGGGCGGCCCAGUGCAGGGAGCAGAUGGCCGGCGCUUACAUGGUGCUGGGCGGAGAGGCCCUGGAGGGCUCGAACCUGGGGCCCCAGGGGACAGUCUGGGACCCACAGAGCCCAUGGGAGCCCUCGGAGACCCCCAGAGACCCCCGGAGACCCAUGAUGACCCCUGAAGACCCCCAGAGACCCAUGAUGACCCCUGAAGACCCCGGAGACCCAUGA